AUGGAUAACGCAAGUUUUUCUGCGGGAGGCGAAUGCGGAGAGGAGAUCGAGAGGGCCCUAAUGGACCUAGGUCCUUUGCUCGGCGUGACCAUCAAAGAGGAGACGCCAGAUGAGCUAGCCGACGGCACGGCGUCUCGAGGAAACUCGUUAAGCGUCAGUUCGUAUCCUGAUGGGGCCAUAGCGCGGGGCGCGGCGGGCGCGGAGGGCGAGCGCGCGGACUCGCUGGCGUCGCCCGCGGCGCGCACGUCGUUCCUGGCGCUGCGCUGCGUGUUCUGCCAGCUGCCGCUGGCGCAGGCGGACGGCACGCCCAAGCUCAUGGAGUGCCUGCACUCCGCCUGCGAGCCCUGCGUCAAGGCCAAGGUCGACGAGAAGCUCGCCGGCAGCAGGGACUUCUUGGGCGCAGGCCGCGUCACGAUCCUGUGUUCGGCGUGUCGCCUGCACUGCCAGCCGAGCAACAUGAUCGACCAGCGGUUCGUCAUCGAGAAGACUGCGCUGGAGCAGGCCGGCACUAACGGCUCGACGGGCGGCGAGCAGCAGUGCAACAGUUGCGAAGACACCGAGCCCGCCACCUCCUACUGCGUCGACUGCGCAGAGUUCAUCUGCGACAACUGCGUACACGCGCAUCAGAGACUGAAGAUCACGAAGGACCACACGAUCAAGUCGAAGGAGGAGGCCGUGCAGGAGCUGCAGGCGGCGCAGGGCGGCCGCGCCGCGCACGACAUGUUCUGCCGCGACCACCCGCAGGAGCGGCUGGCGCUGUUCUGCGAGACGUGCGACCGGCUCACGUGCCGCGACUGCCAGCUGCAGCACCACCGCGACCACAAGUACCAGUUCAGCACCGAGAUGGCGGCGCAGGCGCGCAGCAGCAUCGCGGCGCUGCUGUCGGAGGUGAGCUACAAGCGCGUGCUGCUGGGCUCCGCCAUGAAGGUCAUCCGGGACCGCCAGGCGCUCAUCGCCGACAAGAAGAAGGCGCUCGUGCACGAGAUCACGCAGACCGUCGUCAAGCUCACGAACGCGAUCAACACGCGCGGCAAGCAGCUGGUGCUGCGGCUGAACGAGGUGUGCGACGGCAAGCAGCGCACGCUGAGCGAGAAGAAGGACGCGCUGGAGCAGCUGGCCGCCAUCACCGACCACUGCGUGGACUUCGUGAGCGCCGCGCUGGAGCAGGGCAGCGACACGGCCGUGCUGCACAGCAAGCGCGCCGUGAGCGCGCACCUGCAGCGCAUCAAGAGCCGGCGCGCCGACAUCCCCAACCCCGAGAUCCCCGUGCGCAUCUCGCUGACGCUGGACAAGCUGCCCGACCUCGUGCGCGUUCUGUCGAGCAUCGGCGCUAUCGUGGUUGAUGGCAAGGUAGACGGCGGCGCGGGCGGGCCGGCGGCGAGUGGCGUGACCGGAGGUUCUUCUGGUGGCGCGACCGGCGGGCCUACUGGCAGCCCCGGCCCGGCGCCGACUGGCUACCACAAUCAAGUUGCGCCACCGCACUCGGCCGUUGUAGCGCUGCAGCAGGUCGCCAUGCACCAGACCUUGGCAAGAUACAAGUCGUACGUGCAAGCGGUGACGGGCGCGGGCUACAUGGCGCUGCCGCGCGCGCGCGCGCACACGCCGCUGCGCCACGCGCACGUCACGUCCACCACGCACCCGCACCACCUGCACGGUAUGAACGAGAUGAACCUCCGAGGCCUGCUGAACGCGGGCGGGGCGCGCGGCCGCCCGCCCGCCCCGCUCCAGCCGCUGCAGCCGCACGCGCAGCACCCGCCGCACGCCUACCAGAUGCUGGGCGCGUACGGCGCGCCGGGCGCGGCGCCGGUGGGCGGGCGGCGCAGCGGCGGGCCGCGCACGCCGUCGCCCGCGCCGCCGCCGCCCGCCCAGUGGCACAUCCCGCAGCACGCGCUGGCCGCCGAGCCGCCCGCCCCGCGCGCCGACGCCGCCGCGCCGCCCGCCCCCGACUACAAGAUCACGCUGGGCCGCGCGCGCGCCUCGUCCGCCGUCACCUCCACCAACCCCGAGACGCCGAGCCCCAGCCUCAACGGAGUCGGCGCGGGCUGUGCGUCGGAGCUGGAUAAGGUGUGUGCGGAGUCCGUGCAGGACCUCAUGGCUACCAUCGCCAAGUUGGACUCCAACGGUGUACAGGUGGUGGCGGAGCAGAGCGCCGCGUCGCCGGCCGCCGUGCACUCGUCCACGGACGCGCCGGGCCGCGCCGACCCCAACGAGGACUGGUGCGCCGUGUGCAUGGACGGCGGCGAGCUCAUGUGCUGCGACAAGUGCCCCAAGGUCUUCCACCAGUACUGCCACAUCCCCACCAUCGAGAAGCUGCCCGAGGAGACGGAGUCGUGGCAGUGCCUGCUGUGCGUGAGCCUGGCGGACGGCGGCGAGGCGGAGGGCGCGCUGGAGGGCCGCACGCGGCGCGUGGCCGAGCGCCUCACGCUGGAGCUGUACUGCCAGUACGAGCUGUCGCUGCCCUUCCGCGAGCCCGUGCCGCCGCACAACAAGCACUACCACCAGAAGAUCCAGCAGCCCAUGUGCCUGGACAUGAUCCGUCUGAAGCUGCAGCCGGGCGCGGAGGGCCGCUACACUCACAUCUCGCAGUUCGUGGCCGACGUGCGCCUGCUUUUCCGCAACGCUUACAGAUACAACCCGCCGGAGUCUCAAAUCUACAAGGACGCGAAGAGGCUGGAGGAGUUCUUCGACGCGCAGCUGGCUAAGUGGCUGCCCGACUACACGCACUGGAGUGGAGAGGGCCCGCCGCCCGCCAAGCGUGCGCGGGCCGACUGA